GUCCGACUGAGUGCCGCAACUAGGUCUGAAGAGUGUCCGAUAUGGAUCAUUUAUUCCGCCGCAAAAGAGCCCUAAAGACCUUACUUAGUUUGACUUUAGUGUUUGUCACUUUGCUGAUGAUUCAAAAAUUGAAAGUCGUGGAUAUCAAUAUGAAGGAUCUCCUGGACAAAAGCAAGCGCAUCAGACACGAUGAAAAGUUUUCGCCUUCGUCGCAAGUCAGUGAAUUCUAUUCGACACACGUGGCGCCGGUCAACAAAAGUGCCCCGUUGGUUUGGAACGUGGACGUUAUUAACUGUACAGAAAAGUCAGACAUGAGGAGUAAACCGUGGUUUCAAAAUCUGGAUCUGAGGUUCCACCAGUUCGUCCUGCAUAGACAUUGCAGAUAUUUCCCCAUGCUGAUAAAUCAUCCUGAGAAGUGCAGUGGAGACGUGGACAUACUGGUCGUUGUAAAAUCGGUGAUAGAGCAACAUGAUAGACGCGAGGCUGUACGUAAAACCUGGGGUAAGGAACAGGUGAUCCAUGGAAAGCAAAUCAAAACGCUUUUUCUGGUAGGCAUUCCAUCGCCUGGCAAAGACAGGAAAAAUUUACAGAAGUUGAUAGAAUAUGAGGAUAAAAUUUACGGAGAUAUAUUACAAUGGAAUUUCAUGGAUACAUUUUUUAACCUCACCUUGAAGGAGGUUAAUUUUCUGAGAUGGUUCAAUAUUUACUGUGCUAACGUACCUUUCAUCUUUAAAGGAGAUGAUGAUGUUUUUGUCAGUACUAAUAAUCUGGUAGACCUUAUUAGUUUCAAAAUUCAGGAACACAAAGUAAGCAACCUUUUUGCCGGGGACACUAUUUCUAAAGCCAUACCUAUUAGAAACCGUCAGAGUAAGUAUUUUAUUCCAAAGGAGCUGUUUGAUAAACCGUAUCCGCCCUACGUCGGCGGUGGAGGCUUUCUAAUGUCUUCACUACUGGCUCGUAGACUUUUCGUCGUGUCUGAGGAUGUGGAGCUUUUUCCCAUUGACGACGUUUUCUUGGGGAUGUGCCUUCAGAAAUUAGGGAUUGCCCCCGAAAUGCAUUCGGGAUUUAAGACUUUCGGCAUAAUGAAGCGAUCAGUAAGCCCAAUGAACAGGGAUCCGUGUUUUUUCCGUAACCUCAUUGUGGUGCACAAACUAAAUCCCGAGGAACUGCUGAAGAUGUGGAGUAUAGUACAAAACGAGAAACUCACCUGCGCAAAAAAGCGCGCUUUCUGGUAA